CCUCCUCAUGGGUCUCAUGGGCGAGAAGGAGACGUGGACGCCGCUCCUCGCGACGCUCCUCGACCAGUCGACGCACCACCACGCGCAGUACCAGAUUGUGACGCUGGACAACCGCGGCGUCGGCGGCUCGAGCAAGCCGUUCGUGCGCUACACGACCGCGCUCUUGGCAGACGAUGCACGCCUGCUUCUCGAGCACCUCGGGUGGACCCACGUCCAUGUCGUUGGCGUCAGCAUGGGCGGCAUGGUGGCGCAGGAGCUUGCGUACGCGGCGCCGCACCUCGUCCGGUCGCUCGCGCUCAUCGUGUCGUCGCCAGGUCACACGACGGGCGCGUUUCCUGGCAUCACGCAGUUUGCGACGUAUCUGACGAUGGCCAAGUUUGGCUUUGCGCGUACAAUGCAUGACAUUGUCGACACGAUGAUGAGUACGCUGUACCCCAAGCACUACCUCGCCGAGACGGCGUCGGACGGCCGCACGAUGCACGAGAUGCUGCAUCAGUUUCACCUCGAGCUCCUCGACGGCGUCACGUUCAAUUUGGCGGGCGUGCAUGGCCAGCACGCGGCGGUCUUUGGCCACAACAUGAGUCCGGCGCGGCUCGAGGCCGUGCGCGCCCACGGGUUCCCGAUCCUCAUCGUCGGCGCUGCGCACGACUGGAUUCUGCACCCGAAGAACGCCGACUACUUAUUUCAGCACCUCGAGGGCCCGCACACGCGCAAGGUCUUUUUUGACACGUCGGGCCACUGCGUCCAAAACCAGAUGCGCCGGGAGGUGGCGGCCGCGCUCCACGACCACUUUGCGGUCGAGCCAUGACGGGCACCGCGUCGAUGUUUGCAUUGCUAACGUCGUGUCGACACAGACGUCGAGUUGCA